AUGUCAGAAGAUUAUGCAAAAAAAGGAAUCUCAAAUAAUUACCUCCGAAUUAAUGCAGUUCUUUUACAAAUAAAACAUCUCUUGGAACAACAUCACAAGUCUCUAAAUGAAUACGAUCUUCUUCCACUUACUUCAUCAGAUAAUAAUCCAAACGAAUUACCAAAAUUGUUAUUUAGUGAAUUAAAUAUUCCAGUAACUGACGAGGAUCUUGCAAAAAUCGAAUUGUUGAAUGAAAAUCAAAAAUUAGUAUAUAAUAUUGUUAUAGAACGUAUUGAAAAAAACCAACCUGCAACUAUAUUUGUAGAUGGAUCUGCAGAAGCCCUGGACCGAACUCUGAAAGACAUAAUGGAAUGUAACAACCCAUUUGGUGGAAAAGUAAUUGUGUUUGGGAGAGAUUUCCACCAAAUUUUACCUGUAAUACUGAAAGGAAGUCAUACACAAAUUGUAAAUGCUACUCUAAAAUCUUCAACAUUAUGGUCUAACAUGGAAAUUUUCUACCUUAACCAAAAUAUGCGAGUAGAAGACGAUCUAGAAAGUAAUAAUUUUAAAGACUUCUUAAUAAGAAUAGGAAAUGGAACUGAAAAAACUAUCGGUGAUGACAUGAUCCGUAUUCCUGACAAUAUGAUAAUUAAGUGGCAUGACGAAGAAUCUUUACAGACACUUAUAAAGUCAACAUAUCCAUCUCUCCAAACCCAAUUUUUAGAUAGCUCUUAUUUCACUGACAAAAUCAUACUUACUACCAAAAAUGAACAUGUAGAUUACAUUAACAAUAUAAUACUAGAAAAUUACCAGGAGAUUGCGCAACAUACC